AUGGUUUCGACUUCGACACCUUCGCUAGAACAAUGGUUUAUCAAGUCUCUUGCGACCGCGGGUCUUUGUAAUAAACACAACACAAAGUCUCAGGCCCCGAACAAUCCCUUUUCCUGUCGUCGAUUACAUAUUUCAGCUAGGAAAGCCCAUUUAAACCCCCUUACCUUUCGACGACAGCAUUCAACACAAGUGGUGGUGAAGCAGAGCAAUUAUGAUAAUGACGAAGAUUAUUGGGACAGCCAGUCAACCCGGACAAAGGAAGAGCUUUUGCAGUUGGUAGACCAGUACGCAGGAAAUUCACAUGCGAUCGAAUUGCCUUUGGUUGAGCUUCCAGUCCUAGACCAGUCACAACAAACAGCAACUUCAACGACAGCUGGUCAGGUGGAGGAUGAAUGGCCGCCCCCGAAUUACGUUCGGCCAACCAAGUCCACACACACGACCAAACUUAAGGAGUUACAGUCGCUGAUUCGCAAUAAGGAGUCAGAUCCUGACUUGAUAUAUCAAAAAUAUAGAGAGCUUCCAGGCCAAAGAGCUACUUAUCUAGCUCCAAAGCUGAGACAUGAAUUUCUCCGACGCUUAUACACUAUCGAGAAAAAGGAUGAAAACUCUAUGCUGAGAUAUCUGUCGGUUGUUGAUGACAUGAAGAAUGCCGCAAUACCUUUGACGACUAUCGAAUGGAACAGCGCCAUAUCUUUUGCAGCACGAUACGUGGUGAAAUCUACAGAGGUCGAGGUUGAGGCAGCCUUAUACAUGUGGCAAGAAAUGGAACAAGUCGCUGGUGUACCGGCCAGUGAUGUUACUUUUAACAUUCUUUUCGAUGUCGCGUGUAAAGCCGGCAAGUUUGCCCUGGCGGAGAUGAUCUAUAAAGAGAUGGGAAAACGAGGGAUUCGUUACACUCGCUUCCAUCAUGUAAGCUUGAUUCAUUACUAUGGCCUGCAGAGGAAUGGAGAUGGUGCACGCGCGGCAUAUAACCAGUUGGUCGAGGCUGGUGAGAUCGUUGACACUGUCGUGUUGAAUGCGAUGAUAGCAGCCCUCAUCUCCUCGUAUGAAACCAAUGCCGCAGAGAACACAUACGAGCGGAUGAAGCGGAUGCAUAAUGAUCAAGCUGUUCCGCGGCUGCCUCCGAAGGAUUACCUUUCGCAGCGAGCUAUCACUCGAUCUUUGAAACGAAUGGCGAUCAUCGGUAAAGACAAUCCCACUUUGAAGGAAAGUUUUCAAAAGAGGUCCAUUGUUGCGCCCGAUCUCCAUACCUACCGGAUUCUAGUCAAUCACUAUUCAAUUCAAGCUGGGGAGCUUGGUAAAGUUGCCAUGUUGCUGGAAGAAAUGAAAUUUUACGGGCUUCCCGUUCACGGCGCUAUGUUUCUUGCCCUAUUCAAAGGCUUUGCUAUUCAUGGUGGCAUUCGGUACACCGACUGGACAUCAGCUCGCUUAGAAAAGGUCUGGUCGGCUUUUCUUUCUAUCCUAGAUGAACAGCAGUCAAACCUACAUGUCUCACGUUGGAUGGCGGCCUGGGCGUUGAGAGCUUUUUCGAAGUGUUCGGGGGAGGACAGAACUCUCAUGGCAUGGAAAGAAAUCAGAAUUCGAUGGCAGCCUAAUGAGAUGGAAAUAUCCUUUGUUAUGGAGCAUUUGAAAAGGCUCAUCAAAGAAAGAGAGACUAUUGAUCGACAUGAUUCGUGGAUACUAGGUGCGUAG